AUGGCUUACCACCUCAGAUCAGCCAGUGUGCCUUCCAGUCCUCGCUCCAAUGAAAUCGACAUCGAAGAACAGUUCCAGAGCUUGAGAACAACUAUCUCUUCAUCUUCUUCAACCAUUGGAACCAUGUGUGAUGGUUUGAGGAAGCUUGGAGAAGUGUACAACCACAUUGGUGAGAUUGCAAGCCUCCCGAGCAGCCAACUUACACGGCAGAGGAAGGCAGUGGAGCAAGAGCUCGAGUGCUCCCUUUACGUGCUUGACCUUUGCAACGCCAUGCACGGGAGCUUUGGAGAACUCAAGGAAAGCAUCCUAGACAUGCAGCUGGCUCUCAAGAGAGGAGAUGAUGCAGCUGUUCAGACCAAGAUCCAGUCCUACAUCCGUGUGGCGAAGAAGACACAAAAACUAUUCAAGAAGAUCAGCAAGAAGUCCGCUGCAGCUGAGCAGGACAGUUGCAGGUUGAUGAAGAUGAUGUCUGAAGCUAGGGAGAUUGUUACCUCGAUGCUAGAAUCUGCGUCGCAACUCUUGUCAAAGCAAAUUGCCAUACCAAGUUCUAGCAAGUGGUCUCUCGUCUCCAAGACAUUCCAGAAGAUAAGAGUUGUGUGCGACGAGGAGCAAUUGCAGGAGUUGGAGUUGGACAUUGUCGGAACUUGGGAGCGGAGUUGAGAUUUUGUUCAGGAUACUGAUCCAGAGCAGGGUGUCUCUUCUGAAUGCUCUUAGCUUGUAGAUCAUACACCAACACAGAAGAUUCCUCAUGAUUAGC